GCAAAAUUCUCUCUCCGCUGACGCGAACGCGACGUCCGUCCACCUCGGCCCCCGCUGGUUUGCGUUCGCGCAGUGACUGACCACGCGGCCGUGCGGGCGCGAGACGGGACCAGUGAGUCAGUGACCACCACGCGCUCGUGGCUACCGGCUUCGCUCCCAGAUCCCGCCGCGCGCGCGAGCCCCGAGGACUGACCAUGGAGGAGCCCACGGAGUCCAGGCCAGCUGGCGCGGAGGAUCUCGCGAACGGCGCGAAAGACCCGGAGGGGCCUCCGCCGGAGGUUGAGGAGGAGGAAGUGGAGGAGCCGCCACGAUCGGCGACGGCGAAGCAGGAGGAGGCGAAGGAGGUACUAGGGUCGGAGGGGUCUCGCCCGUUCACCAUGCGGGAGCUGCUCGGCGAACUCAGGGAGGACGGCGAGACGGCGGUCGGCGGCAGCACCGCGAGAUCUGCGUUCGGCGACGGGAACGGGGUCGGAUCCGCUGAUGCCGAGGGCUCGUCCUACAGCCAAGAUAGCGCACAGUUUUCAUCACACCAUGAUGUAGCGAUGGACUUGAUAAAUAGUGUAACUGGAGUUGACGAGGAAGGACGUUCUCGCCAAAGGAUUCUUUCUUUUGCUGCUAAAAGAUACGUAAAUGCAAUUGAAAGUAAUCCUGACGACCCUGAUGCAUAUUAUAAUUGGGCUCUAGUCCUCCAGGAGAGCGCAGACAAUGUGGAUCCCAAUUCGAGUUCCUCUAAAGAUGCAUUGCUGGAGGAGGCUUGCAAAAAGUAUGCUGAAGCUACUCGACUUAGUCCAACUCUUUAUGAUGCAUAUUAUAACUGGGCUAUUGCUAUUGCUGAUCGGGCUAAAAUGCGAGGUCGGACAAAAGAAGCCGAAGAACUCUGGAAGCAGGCAAUACUGAAUUAUGAGAAGGCUGUCCAGCUUAAUUGGAAUAGCCCACAGGCUCUCAAUAACUGGGGUCUUGGGCUACAGUAUGAAUCUGCAAUGCAGGAGCUGAGUGCAAUUGUUCCUGCCCGGGAUAAACAGACCAUCAUAAAAACAGCUAUCAGUAAGUUCCGUGCUGCAAUUCAGCUGCAAUUUGAUUUCCAUCGGGCAAUAUACAACCUCGGAACUGUCUUGUAUGGUUUAGCUGAGGAUACCAUGAGAUCUGGGAAGCCAGAUGUCUCCCCAAAUGAGCUUUACAGUCAGUCUGCUAUCUAUGUUGCAGCUGCUCAUGCUCUGAAGCCAAAUUACUCGGUCUAUCGUAGUGCCUUGCGACUAGUCCGCUCAAUGUUGCCUCUGCCAUAUCUCAAAGUGGGGUAUUUGACUGCUCCUCCAGCUAACAAUUCCAUCGCACCACACGGGGAUUGGGAGGUAUCACAGUUCAUUUUGAAUCAUGAGGGCCUCCAGCAGGCUGAUGCUUCUGACCAGCCUCCAUCGCAAUCCCCUGGGCAUUUGGACAGGGGCAGAAAGCCUGUCAGAAUAAACGUUGCAGAUAUUGUUUCAGUGUCAGCAUGUGCCGAUUUAACUUUACCAAGUGGUGCUGGCCUCUGUAUAGAAACUAUUCAUGGUCCUACGUUCUUGGUUGCCCAUAGUUGGGAGGCUCUUGACGGCUGGCUAGAUGCCAUACGCCUUGUCUACACUAUUUUUGCGAGAGGGAAGAGCGAUGUGCUUGCCGGUAUUAUUACUGGUUAAAUGGCUUGCUGCAGGAGGGAAGAGCGAUGAACUAGCCGGGUGUUGUUACUGCCACUGGAGAGGCGCGAAGUUUUGGUGAUUCAGCGUCAGCCUUAUCAGUUAAAUGCCCCCUUCGAUUUGUUAGUAUGCCUCCCAUCUGUGAUGUCAGUCUUCCUAGAUAUAGGGUAUAUCAAUCAUAUAUUCGGUUGUAACUCGUACUUUCCAGUGAUUGGCGAUAGGUCCGUUUUUUCUUUGUAAAAGUGGCCGUGUUACUGUAUUAUGCAUUCACAGCAUAUGUAUCGGACAUUCUUUAAGUUUGAUUAUAUUUCUCUGUAACAAUGAAUCGAGGCAAGAUGGGCUCUGGCCCUGCUGGGCUCCACCUCCAAUAUGUAGAGCCGAGGAACAGGAGGGAAAGAACAAUGAUAUACUCCCUCAUUCCAAAUUAUAAUGUGUUUUUGUUUGCUUU